UAAGUCGCCUAGACCUAUGCUUCCAGACAACAAGGAGCAAGUGUUUAAACGUGCAGUAUCCUUGAAGAAGAGCCUGGAACAGAAUCCAGAGAAAUGCCAGCAGCUUGUCCAGUUCAUGCAGAAAAUCUUCGACAAUGGUGCGGCAGAAAAGGCUCCGACUCGGGAUGAAGAUGGUAAAGAGAACUGGUACCUGCCAUUAUUCGGGGUGUACCAUCCCAAGAAACCGGAUCAAAUAAGAGGUGUUUUUGAUUCCUCGGUUGCCUUCAGGGGUCAAUCUCUUAAUGAUCUAUUGCUCUCAGGACCAAAUUUGACCAACAAUCUACUUGGUGUUUUACUCCGUUUUCGCAGAGAUAAGUAUGCAGUAUCUGCCGACAUAGAGCAAAUGUUCUAUCGCUUCCUAGUGAAUAACGAACACAGAGACUUCCUGCGGUUCUUUUGGUUUCAAAACAACAACCCCGAGCUGCCAUUCACUGUUUUCCGCAUGAAAGUUCAUGUUUUCGGGAACAAACCUUCACCUGCAGUUGCCACCUAUGGAUUGCGCAAGGCUGUUGAGUCUGUCGACAAGGACAUACAACAGUUUGUUGCCAAAGAUUUCUAUGUGGAUGACGCAUUGACAUCUAAGCCAACACGAGAACAGGCCGUUAGCUUGUUGCAACGGACCAGAAAGGCUCUGCAAGAAAAUGGUCAAAUCCAUCUUCACAAAAUCGUCUCAAAUGAUGUUGACAUUAUGAACCAGUUUCCUAAGGUGGAGCUUAGCACAACCCUGAAAGACAUGGAUCUAGGCGAUACACUCCCUAUGCAGCAGAGUCUAGGGCUAACCUGGGACAUCAACUCAGAUAUGUUCUCAUUCACUGCUCCAAGUGUUGACAGACCAUUUACGAGGCGAGGACUUCUAUCAACCAUGAAUAGUAUUUUUGAUCCUAUUGGUUUUGCUGCACCUUUCACAAUUAGUGGGAAAAUCUUGCUUCGUGAGGCUUGUUCAGUUGGAAGUGCUUGGGACGACCCUUUGCCAGAAACAUUUCAUAAAGAGUGGGUUCAGUGGAAGAAAAAUCUUGAGAUGCUGAAUGGCUACAAGGUUUCUCGCAUGUAUAUACCAGACUCUCUAAGCUUGGCCAAAGACUAUCAAAUCCACGUCUACUCCGAUGCAUCUGAGAGUGCUAUAGCGGCCGCUGCCUAUGUCGUCGUUGAAUCCAGUGACCAACCACAAGUGGGCUUUAUCAUGGGAAAAGCCAAGCUGGCUCCUAAAACUGGACACACAAUACCUAGACUAGAAUUAUGUGCAGCCGUUUUGGCCACAGAAGUGGCAUCAUUUGUAUCGCAUCAAUUGGACAUUCCAUCAUCAUCAUUUCAGUUCUUCACAGAUAGCAUGGUGGUGUUGGGCUAUAUCGGAAAUAAGACCCGUAGAUUCUAUACAUAUGUGAGCAAUAGGGUUGCACAAAUCCAUGAAUUCUCUGAGCCUGAACAGUGGCAAUACAUUUCUACUGAAUAUAAUCCUGCAGAUUCAGCCACUAGGGCAUCUUCUGAGAAUAUCCAUACAGUGCUAGAGAAAUGGCAUAGUGGGCCGAAUUACCUUAUUGGAGAACAAAAAGAAAGAGAUGUGAAAGAGUUUCCUCUUCAGUGUCCUGAGGAAGAUUCAGAGGUUCGCCCAGAAGUUGUAGUAAAGGCGACAAAUGUAAAGAGUUCCAUGGAUCCAGUUGCUAAAGCCUGUGAGCGCUUCUCAUCUUGGAAGAAAUUGGUGUUAGCGUUUAGCUUGCUCAUUCAUAUUGCCAGGACGUUCUCAAAACGCAAUGACUGUAAGUGUUCUGGAUGGCAUGUGUGUGAGAAGAGAUCCUCUCCUGCUGUUCGAAUAGAUGCAGAGCAAUUUAUACUGUCUGAACUCCAGAAACGGCAUUAUGCUGAAGAAAUUUGUGCAUUGAAGGCCGGCAAGCCCAUUCCCAAGAAAAGCGCAAUAAUUUCCUUAUCCCCUUAUUUAGAUGAAAAUGGGAUACUCAGAGUCGGUGGCCGCCUUCGAAAGCUACGGAAAAGCCAGGGAAUUAAAGUUGUUAACCCUUUGAUCGUCCCAAAAGGUCAUGUAGCAACACUGUUAGUUCGACAUCAUCAUGAAAGGGUCCAACACCAGGGCCGACACCUCACGGAAGGGGCUGUCCGCAAUGCAGGUUUGUGGAUAAUCGGUGGCAAGCGUUUAAUUGGCAGUGUUUUACAUCACUGUGUAACUUGCCGAAAGCUUCGUGGAAAGACCGCUGAACAGAAAAUGGCCGAUUUGCCACAAGAUCGUCUUACUUCCUCACCGCCCUUCACACACGUUGGAGUGGAUGUGUUUGGCCCUUGGACCGUGGUGACAAGACGUACCAGAGGAGGUAGUGCAAAUUCAAAACGCUGGGCUGUGCUUUUCACAUGUUUGUAUAGUAGAGCUGUCCAUAUUGAGCUACUAGAGGAGAUGUCUACGUCCUGUUUCAUAAAUGCAAUGCGCAGAUUUAUUGCAAUUCGCGGAAAAGUGUCAGAAUUUCGGUCGGAUCGUGGCACAAACUUUAUAGGAGCAGCCUCCGAGCUUGGUAUGAAAACGGUCUGUGUAGAAGAUGACCAAUUUCAGACCUACUUACAAGACAAUGAAAUAAUUUGGCGUUUCAAUCCGCCUUAUGCCUCCCAUUUUGGUGGCGUUUGGGAAAGAAUGAUCGGGAUUGCUCGUCACAUUCUAGAUGCAAUGCUACUAGACUUCAAACAAGGAAAACUUACUCAUGAAGUUCUCUCAACCUUAAUGGCAGAGGUUACCGCUAUCAUGAACUCCAGGCCUCUUGUCCCAGUUUCUACAGAUGUUGAAGAACCAUUUGUCCUAUCACCGGGAAUGCUACUUACACAGAAAUCUCCCGAGAUAGUUUGCAGUUUCCGCGACAUAGGUGUGAAAGAUAUGUACCACUCUCAGUGGAAGACAGUGCAGUUUCUGGCAAAUAUUUUCUGGAAACGUUGGAAGGGUGAUUUUCUGUCAUCUCUACAGACGAGGAAGAAGUGGGCGUCGCCUUGUGAAAACAUCAAAGCUGAUGAUGUAGUUCUAUUACGCGAUCGAGAUUGUGCGCGCAAUGAAUGGCCUAUGGGUCUUGUGACAAAGGCAUUUCCUAGUGACGACGGACUUGUUAGAAAGCUGCAAAUCAGGGUUAUGAAGAAUGGAAAGCAAUGCCUUUAUGUGAGACCAAUUAAAGAAGUUGUUCUGCUUGUGUCGUCGUAGAAAGCAGCAACAACAGAAGAAUGUUUCAGAAAUCUUAUUUAACUGAGGCAUAAGGAUUUUGUGUAAAAUAUGUUUUAUUCUUGAAAGUAUUUUGAAGUUGUUCCUUUCAAAGUCAGAACUUAAACAUAAGUUCCCGCUCAGAAGCCUUUAUGCACAAUCAAAUUUAUUUUGCUUUCUGCAUAAAUAUCUUCUUGCGAAAUUAGAAAACAUACCUUACAUGAAAAUUUUUAAUUUUCUGCUAUGUUAAUGAUUUGCUACACUAAAGUCUUUAUGCAACGUUCGCGCAAUAUCAGUGUUAAUAUGUGCAGAAGCCUUCGGGUAAUUCUCGGUGUGCCUAAUGAGUAUCUCCUCAAAGGAAAAUCAUCCAAAACAUUUUGCUCUCCGAACUGGUGUCCAAUCCGGAAAGACCUGCAAUGAGGGCCUUUCUAAUGAGACUUAUGUGAAACGGCAUUAAGAAAGGCAUAUGUUAACACAUGCUCGAGAGAAACUUUCAGCGACUCGAGACAGCAACUAUGCUUGUAUGAACUUUGAGAUAUUAAGUCAGUCUUUUAAUCAUAAAAAUAUUAGUCUUUGAUACAAUGUGUUAAUAUCUCUUCAGAUAUUGCAUUUGACGUUAUUUAUUCUUAAGUAUACCAUUUUUUAUGUAGUCAUGGUAUAAGUUUGAAUAAUUACAGUAAACCUGUGUAUUCCAAGACUUACUUGGAAAGAUGCUUAAGAAAAUGGUUUAAGUCUUGUGGUUAUAUCCUUUGAUAUAAGACGGGGAGUGUUCUGGACCGAUUUCAGUUUAUCCUUCCUUUCAAUCUGUAAGCAAUUUUAGAAUCUAUAUCGAUUCGAUAGUGGCUUAAGGGAGGCAACUCUUUCAUGCUUAUCUCGAAUUCUUGAGGAAGUUGGAGAGUUGUUGUUCCUUAAUUUUCGGAGACAUUCGGACUUGUACGUCGUUAGUUUGUGUCUCGUUAUUUCCCCUUAGAAUGGAUGCGCUGUGAUUGAGCUCCAACAUUUUGGCAUUUUGUAUGGUCCCGCACACUCUUGGAGAAAAAGAAAAGACUGAAAAGACAGAGAAGAUCGUUGUAGAUGAAAUGUCUACAGUAGAAUUAGGGAGGUAUGGAUGAAGCCUGGAAAGUGGAUCAAAAAAUGUCGGAUCCUUCAUACCAUGUCAUUAGCCUACAGGGACCGUUUAUUUCACAGUGGGUUGACAGUGUAUUGGACGUUUCCUUUCCCUCAGAUUACGUUUCUCCUACAUCGUACCACCCCAGUCGGAUAGUUGGGGAACCAGAUGUAUAUCCGGCUUAUCGGAGCAGUGGCAAGACUUGGGGCCCAUAUCAUAGUAACAGAGAUGAGUUCAUUGAGAUAGCCUUUUUAGCCACUGUGAAAGUAACUUCGCUGGAAAUUUACGAAACUUUGGCAGGAGGAGUAGUAACCGGGAUUAAAUGCUUUCAAGAUGGGGCGUAUCACUCUCUUUACAUCGGCGUAGCUGCUCCCAUAACAGUGGCAAGGAUCUUCUCACCAACAUUGACAGCGCCGUGUGUUUCAAACCGAUUACGGAUCGAGGUCUUCACAGCCCCGAAUUCUUCAGGAGCAUGGACUGAAAUAGAUGCAAUACGACUGAACGGGACUUUAGUUUGAACUAUUUUGAUACGGUUGCAACGAUAUUUUACUUUUCAAAAAAAAACUAAGUCAUCACAAUUAUACCUAUUUGCACUUGUCAUGAGCAUUACUUCUGGCUUCCAUAGCCAAAAAUAUGGUCUAUGAUUCUACUAAAAUCUCCAAAUUUAAUAGGGUCGGUAGGAAGGCAUAAGUUUUUUCUCUAUUUUUUGUUUGUUUUCUGUACCAAACCGACCUAUAUUAGGGAAUAUUGCCAUUGUAGAAAGUUUUAAAUACAAAAUGGUCAAAUUUUAACAUAUUCGCUUGAAUGUGAACUUUUUUUGGAAAAUAUGAACAGAAUAUACACAAUACGGCAAAAAAGGCACUUUUGUUGAACCUGUUCGUUGAACUUCUUUAGCUACACCAGCUUAUAAUUUAUAACAUGAUUGUGUUUUUAACCGUUUUACCAAGAAGUU